AGCAGUAGAGUAGAGCUCUGUGUUUCACCGCGGAGAGGACGACUCAGAGGGUUUUUUUUGUGGACUCCAGAAAACAAGCAGAUCGAUUGCGUUCUCAGCUGGAGGUUAAUCAAAGAGUGCGUCCGCAGGCUGCUGGAACUAAAUAUACACACUUUUCCUUGUUUCAACAAACUUGAGUGCAACUGAGGCUGCCCUUGGACUCAGGGGUGUGAGUGUGUUAAACAUGGGAGACCAGAGGUCAGUCCAGCCCCUGCUGCUUCUGCUGCUGCUCCUCACGCUCCUCGCCGGGAUGUCACAGCUGUGGGCCUUCCCCUUCAGCCCGUCCCUGGACCUGGAUGUCACUCCCAGGACUACUGUCUUCCUGAAAGGUCUGUUGGGCAGCAACCGUUUCUCCGGCGCCUCCCAGAACUACAGCACCCUGCUGCUGGAGGUGGAGGCCGGGCUGCUGUACGUGGGAGGGAGAGGAGCUCUGUACGCGCUCAACACCUCCGACAUCUCCACACCUGCAAACCUCACGAUUGAUUGGGAUGCUUCCCCCGAGCAGAAGAAACAGUGUCUCAACAAAGGAAGAGACAACAAGACAGAGUGUUACAAUCACAUCCGCUUCCUGCAGCGGUACAAUGAGACUCACCUGUACGCCUGCGGGACAAACGCCUUCAGACCUCUUUGUGCUUAUAUUGAUGCAGAGCGCUUCAGCUUCUCCUCAGGCUUUGACGAGGGCAGAGAUAGGUGUCCUUAUGACCCAGCUAAGGGAUACACGGGCCUCCUCGUAGACGGCGAGAUGUUCACGGCGUCUCAGUACGAGUUUCGAAGCUCUCCAGACGUACGCAGAAACUUCCCCUUCCCCACGCUCAGGACGGAGGAGGCCCCCACCAGGUGGCUUCUGGAUGCAGACUUUGUGGGCUCGGUGCUGCUGAAGGAGAGCAUCAACAGCUCCAUCGGCGACGAUGACAAGAUUUACUUCUUCUUCACGGAGAAGAGUCAGGAGCAGAUCGCCUACCCGAGCCAGACCAAGGUGUCGCGGAUCGCUCGAGUCUGCAAGACGGACUGGGGCGGUCAGAGGACCCUGCAGAGGAAGUGGACCACCUUCCUGAAGGCCAGGAUGGUGUGUUCGGUCCCCGAAUACGAGCUGCACCUCAACAUCCUGCGCAGUGUGUUUGUCCUGCAGGGUCGAGACGCUCAGAGCAGCGUCUUCUACGGCGUCUUUGGACUCGAAUGGAAGAACAUCAAAGCGUCUGCGAUCUGCCAGUACGCCUUCUCAGAUGUGCAGAGGGCUUUCGAGGGGCCGUACAUGGAGGUGCAGGACUCGAAGUGGAGGGAGUACACGGGGAAAGUCCCGGAGCCGAGACCUGGAUCUUGUAUAACAGAUCUGCACAGGUCCAAGGGCAUCAACUCCUCUCGAGAUCUCCCCGACAACGUCCUCACUUUCGCCAGAAGGCACCCACUCAUGGCCAGUCAGGUGCACCCCAUAGGCGUGCGCCCACUCAUGUUCAAGAGGAGCGUCAACUAUGUCAAGAUCGUCGUGCACAAAGAGCCGGCGCUGGAUGGGAAAAUUUAUACCAUUCUGUUUUUGGGAACAGAUGACGGCUGGCUGCACAGAGCUGUAGACAUCGAUGGAGAAAUGCACAUAAUGGAAGAGCUGCAGCUGUUUGAUAAACCUCAGCCCAUAGAGAGCGUGGUCUUAUCCUCCGCUCUGCGGAGCAUCUACGUCGGCUCUCGCUCUGGAGUCGUGCAGGUGGCCAUGUCGGCCUGUCAGAGGUACACUUCCUGUUACGACUGCGUCUUUGCCAGAGAUCCGUUCUGCGGCUGGGACGGGAGGCAGUGUGUGGAAAUCUCUUCACGUGCACAGAGGUCAAAUAUAACCCAGGACAUCUCGAGAGGGAUCAGAGGCUGCAAGGAGAAUUCAGGAAAUGUGGUUCAUCGAAGGCGUUCUGUGAUGUCAGGCGACGACGUGCUACUCCAGUGCGAGCUGCGGUCCAACCUGGCGACCCCGCGCUGGACUCUUAACGGCAAAGAACUGCAGGGAUACGGACUCAAUUCGGGCUACCGCAUCGGCACAGACGGCCUCCUCAUCAUCGGAGCUCGAGCCCAGCAGAGCGGCUCGUACCGCUGCUUCGCCGUCGAGAACUCCGUCUCGGUUCUGGUGUAUUUUUACACGGUCAAGGUGCACACCGACCCGUACUUCCCCGUGGAGCCGACAGCAACAACAAACCCCACGACGGUUUCCAGCCCAACAGUUUUCUCCACAACCACCCCCACCGAGCAGCCCCUCCCCUCGCCUCCGGCCCCAAUGCCGUCAAGACCGGAGUAUCAGACCUACAGGCACAUGGAGGCCGUGUACAUUUCCCUCGUGGCGGUCCUCGGAGGGCUUUGCCUGGUGCUCAGCGUGGUGUUGCUUUACAUCAGCUUCUGCAGCAGACGAGCAGGAGCUCAGGACAGGAAGUUCUCCCAGCAGGGGCUGCAGAUCUUAGGGGGCUCUGAAAGAAAAAGGAGCUCCCAUCUGGAACUGAAAACCAUCUCCAGCCACUGCAACGGCCGCCAGGGUCGUCGCUCCAUCUCCGUGCCGACCUUCGGGGACAUGGGCGACGGGUUCAUCCAGAUAGUUCCAGGCGAGGGGGGGUUCUCUCCAUGCAAAACGCCUCCCCCUGCACCUCCUCUUCCAAUGCCGCCCCCUCUUCCCAACGUGGACUACGCAAACGGGCUCUCUGCCACGCUGCCCAGCGUGCUGAGGAAGAUGAACGGGAACAGCUACGUACUGCUGCGGCAGGCCGAUCCGGACGGCAUGUCCCCGCUUUACCACUCCUUCACAGAGGAGCUCAACAGGAUCCUGGAGAAGAGGAAACACACACAGCUGGACUUGCAGCCCGAUGAGAGCUCCAUCUAGGACAAUCGCUCAGUUUGUUGUACCACUGUUAUUUAUUUUUUAACCCCAAUGGUGACCCAUCACGUUGUGGGGAGUAUCAACUGUUGUAUCCAACGCUGCUGUCAUUUAUCCAGUGUCAGAGUUCCUGCAGUGUCCUAACUGGUUGGAGAUGUGCAGCUUCCUUUGUCUCCCAAAUUUCACUUCAAGAAGGUCAAAGUUGGAGCUGUGGAAAUAUCUACCAUCGACUGCACGGUUACAAAUAACACCGGGUAGAGCGCUAAAGGAUGCUACCUCAGUGUAGACUCUCUGGAGACUUGAGAAAAAAUGCCGGUAGGAUGAUGAAAAAACGUGCAAAAGGAGCUAAAUGGGACAUGGAUACAGAAAUAAAUCAGGCCAGGAGGUAGUCAUGAAAGUUUCCAGACUUUUUUUAGUGCAAUGUAUUAUAACGCUUCUAUGGAGCUUCAAGUGAUAACACCUCCUGAAAUCUAUCUUUUGUGCAUUGUUACACGGCUAAGAAUAUUUCCUACCUUCUGCCUAACUUAACCCCCCCCCCCCCGAAACCUGACAGCAAAUCCAGCACAAAGUUUUUUUGUGGUAGCUGUUUCGUCGUGGUAGACCUCCCCUGGUUUCGGGAAUUUCAGUGUUCAUUUAUGACCAAAAAUUGUUACACAGUCAGGAACAAUGGAACGACGAAAUUGGCGAGCAUCCCAUCUACUGGUGUGUGGAUACGGCGGCUAAUGAGGAAGCUACCCGUCUACCUGAGUGACUCUCAGCUCCUCCUAUGAACUCACUCAUCCAUCAUGUUUAAUGAUGUUAUUUUAGACAAGCUCAAGUAUAUGUGAGCAUCCAACAAGAUGGACAAGCAGAGAAGAAGAUUAUGCUACACAAUGGUUAGCAUCAUUUCACAUUUUGACAUUUAAGACUUUUUUUAAUCGAACCCAUUGUUAGGCUGCGAGUACUGUAACAUUUGUUUUCUUCAUUUAUUCAUAUCACAAUUAUUGCCAUGCAUUUUUUAAUCUGAAAUUGAGGAAAAUUGUUAAGAAUUUCAAUCAUAAUUACCAAGAGCCAUGGGAUAUUUUUCGAAGUGGUGGUAUUGGCGACCAACAAUCUACAACAUUCAAAUAUGAAAAGCUUACUAUGUGACUUUUAGAGCAGAUUUCAAACCAAACAAAUGUUCUCCUUGGACACACUUCCUGUAUCCCUCAGCUCCGCCUCCACACUUCCUCUGUCCUCCUUUCCUGCUCAACAGACAGACUCUUCAGGCCAAAGAAAUUAUUUUCUGAGGUUUGGAAACUCUGUCAGUUGUACUCUGAUGUGGACACUCCCUCAUUAUGUUCCUAGUUACAUCGUCCCUGAGUUGGCUGAGCCGUCACUCGUCCCCCACGUAGAGCGGUUGGAGAGGGAGCAGUUCACAAAAACAUGUAUGAAACAUACUUGAGCCGCUCAAUGACACAUGUACAAGCUGAAGGUAGCGCCGUCCCGUCCAUGUGAACACAGAGCUGAGAACAACAAACCCAUUGGGAGUUCUUUAGAAGGUCAUUACUCCACAGUGUAUUUAAGUCAGGUCCAUGUGAUUUUUACUUUAUCAGUGUGAAUUUUGCUUAUGAAGCCUUUAAAGGGAAACAUUACCAGAUCCUCAAAAAUAUAGAAGCUCAAACCAACGAGCGUCUCACACAUUCAUGACCCUUUUUUUGUUGUUGAAUCCAAUUAGACUACAGGUACAACCCUUAUUGUGUCUUUAUAGGAGCAUGUUCGGUUCUUAGAAGAUACAUUUUACUUGUAUAAUCACUUCAAGAAGCCAAAUCUGUUACAGUACACAAGAGCUCAGGUGGUACAGUGCGACGAAUCUCACAUUUCAACUUUAAAACACAGUUUCUUGACUUUCCUCUGUCCUUGUGUGAAUCGUUUUAACUGCAUCACUGUUAUAUAUGUUUGUAGCAAUACAGUAUUGUGUCAGUGCCAAUGAAACAACAUCUGUAGCAAACUCAAAUUCUGAUUUCUUCCUGUUUUUGAAAGGCAGCUUGAGCAGUGUGUUAAAGAGCAGUGGUUAGUUUGUGGUCAGAUUGAUUGAGUCUAUUGUCGACCUCAGGCUAGAUUCAAGGCCCGGGGAGGCUGAAAGAAAACUAUGACACACACACUAGAAACAAACAGACGAGAUGCUGUUAAGAAAACGCUUGCUCGCUUGUUCUAUAUUUAAACUGCUAAACACAGUUAUACUCUGUCUCUGUCAGCCUGAAGCUUUGUUUUUUAGAUCACUCAUCAAACCUUGAAGAUGUCGCUCCUACCUUAGACAUCAAGAUUUAUAGUUUCACACCAAGAGAUUUAAAAAAGAAAAGAAACACAGGAUUAUUUUAGUCAUGUUGAAAAGUGCAAAAAUGAUUUUUAGGGAGAUGUGUGCGUUCUUUGCCGCAGAUGGGCUGAAUCAGAGCAGAGGAGACCUUCGCUCAUGCAACCUCAGUGUUUACCUUACAUUAGAGCAUUGCCAAAACAACAAGAGCUGCAAGGUGAACAGCGCUGCGAUUGAAUAUCACAUGUAGAACUUGAGAGGGAAGUGACCGAAAUGAAUCUCUAAGUGGUCUGUAAACGUGUCACAGCCAGUGUUCAAUAAAUAUCUGUCAUUCAGGAAAAGUGUUGAAUCAGCUAAUGUCCUCGUGGCUCAGCACGUUGACUCGCUGUGUGCAUUUGUCACUGAGAGAGAGAGAGAGAGUCAGUGACAGCUACAGCAGUGCUUGGCUCGCUUCCAGAGAGAGGACGACGACGAGGGCUUCUUGUCGUUUGAGUUAGAGCGCGACCGUCUCUGCAGGUGGAGGCAGACAGGAAACAUUUGACCCGAGUGUCCUGGUUAGCCAUGCAGGAAGAAGAUGUUGAUACAGAGGCAGGAGCUGAUUUACACUUGUGGGUUUUAUAGGUGUCUGCCUUCAAUGCCACAUUAAGAACCUUUUAUUGAGCCCUUUGAACUGAUUUUUAUUCAGGGGAAAAUUCACACUAAAAAGACAGAUUAGUGUCUUAUUGUUGACACAUCAAAUUUAGUCAUAUAUCCUUUCUUUAGUUGGCAAUUGUUAGGAUGAAUAUUUUCCUUUUGUUCGCCUCUAUACCAGUUAAAAAGGCUGUUGAGAGUUUGUGUUCAAUUCACCCUUUGAAUUCAACAGAACAUGGGAGGACAUUUUUUGCCAGAGUUCAUUUCAUGUUUGUUUGUCUGUUCCCUUAGACAAAUGAUCGGACAUUACCUUGUCUGUUUUCAGCCUGCUUAAACCACUACUGCAACUGAUUGUUUACUGAUUCUUUUGACUCUGUUCUCUCUGUCACAAUUGCUAUGCUAACAAUAAUUUUUAUGAAAAGGGGGGAGUGGAUUGGGGGGUUCAGGCAGAAAUUAGUCUUUCAACCAAACAGACAUUUAAUCGUUAGCUAGAUUGUUAGCCCUUGCAUGGAGCUUCUUCUGCCUUAUAUUAUUUCAAAUAAUCAUACGGAAUAUGUUGUAUGUACGCACCUUAUCGAUCGUUUUAUUGAAGGUUUAAAGGUUCAGAUUGAGUCUACUGGGCAUAUUUCAAACUCUAUGCUAAUCUAAAUUUGGGAAAUUUUUUCGCAACUUGAUUAAAAUCGCUACAUUUCCAAUCAAACGUGAAUCAUUGCGCUCCAUUAACAAGUAUUCCUAAUGCUGUCCACACUGCUGUGACUAUCCAAGUGUUUCCAUGUUAUGUUUUUUUUUUGUAUAGGUAAUUCAAAAUGUGACAAUUUUUUUGGUUGCGUUAAACAAAAAAUCACACUGUAUGCAGACGACUUUCUUUUAUACAUUGCAGUUCCCAGAAGAGUAUCUGUGUUGGACACUGUCAUGUUUUCAUAAGAACUGAAGAGUUUUUAGUCCAAGUUCAAAAAGGGUGAAAGAUGAUUUAAAAACUGGAAGUCACCAUCACCAUCUGGUUCGUGGACUUGACUUCAAGUUUUGCAUUUUGGCUCUCGUAAUUUUUAUUGUUGGCACUCUGUAUUGGCUUCACUGCAUUCCUUUCUUGUGUACAGUCUUUAGUCCUGGCUCUUUUCGCAGAGAGCAGAUGACAAUACAGCUGCUCCUGUUUGCAGACUCUAAUUUGCAUGUUUUCAGCUUUACGCUGUCAGCUUUAUUUUGCCCUUUUCCUUGUUUUUAUCCUCACACCCCCUGCUCACUUUCUGUGAUGCCUUUUUUGUUCUCCCGUCUCAUCACCUCUGCAUGACAGUAUCAUCCAUUAAACCCCAUACUCACAUCCACACUCUCUCUCUCAAGGACCCUGCUGAGUUUACAAAGGGCCCUGAUGGCCUCUUAUCAAUUAGAACCAGUUUUCCAAGAGCCCUGCAGUUAAUUUGUGUUUUAUGAAAGCACCUCAUAUCAACUGGGUUUUCUGCAUUUGUUUAUCGCGAGGGACACAGUAAUUGCCAUUGCCACAUUUAUAGCUAAUGUGAUUUGUUUUAUUGCACUAAUUUCCAGCGAGACUCAGACGGAGUGAAAAGAAAUCUGUGUUCCUGAAUUACAUAUUUUUUAAAUGAUCCACGGUAACUUAAAUGUUUAAAUCAUGCAAGCAUUUAAUUUUAUAUAAAGUGAAUUUUCAAAGAAAUGUUUUUGUUGGCUAACGUUUAAAAGUGUAUAAUUGGUACAACAUGGCACUGCACUUAACCAUGUAUUAUAGCAAAGCUUCCAUAAUUAAGUGGCCUCAUUCAAAAGUUGUUGACAUUUUUUAACAAAGGGAAAAAGAAAAAGCCUCACAUGAAUCUGCAACCAUUGCUGCUGCUACGUUUUUUAUUCCCAUUUAAGGACAUUGUGUUUACAAUAGACACUGGAUCUGCACUGUAUAUGUAACUAUGGACUUUUGGUUCAACGGGCUAAUUUAUUAGCUACCUGUACAUUGUUUCUGUACAAAAAAAACACCUGCAUUCACUAACAUGACUUAUACAUCCUGCUGUGUCAAUUUGCAAGAUACAGUACAUUUUGCGUAGAAGUAGAUUAUUUCUCCAGAUGUUGGCCAAAGAAAGUGGUGUAAAGAAUUCACUAUUUGUACUGUUGAUUUGUCAAGACAUUGUUUAAAGUCAUGUAGUUUUCUUUGUGAACUGUGACACUUUCCAUCCAGUUGGUUCUGUAUGAUGUUUGAUGUAGAUAAUCCAAUCUAAGUUGUCUUCUCAGAAUUGAACUGACUGAUGUCAUAUCCUUGCUCCAUGUAGUUUAAACACCUGAGCUGUUCAGAAAGGAUUUUUUUCCAUAUUGUCUGUUAUGUCUUAUUUAUUUGAGUUCAUUAAAUUUCCACUUGCUUCCUUGCGGAUUAAAAAAAACACUUUG